CCACACACCGCCAUGCGGCAAGGAGGCAAAAAGAACCUGCUUGCCCCGUCCAUGGACAGGCUCACACACGGGCACACAGCACACGAAACUCAUCGAAUUGAAUUGGUCAGUCAGCUGAUGAAGGAAAAGUUGGUGGCGAUCUUCUGGCAGACUGACGGAUCACGAAGAUCCACAGAAACACACACACACAAUCUUUUGUCUGUGGGGUUACGUGUGUGGAUGGCUGCCUGUGUUGCGGGCUGACCGUGUUCGCCAUACACCACGCCCUUUUCGCUCUUGCCGCCGGCCGCCCCGUCUGCCGAUGUGAUAUAGGCGUCGAAGUUAGGCUCGUAAAAGACGACCACACUGGUGCGAUACUGGCCGCCCCGGUUGACCACUCUGUGCGGCGUCGCCCGCCACUUGCCGCCUGAAUGGCAUGAGUGGAGAGAGAGACAGAUCAAUCAGAUCGAUGACAGACAGCGUCAAGUCAGACGAGAGAGAGGCGUCUUUUGUCCACCGCAUAGUGUUGGAGUGUCGUUAGUUACCUGUCCAUACGGACAGCAUGUCUCCCAGGUUCACAACCAGUGUUCCUGCAGCCAGCCAGCCAACGAACAACCAAUUCCAACGAGAAGAGAACCAAUCAAUCUGUACCGACGUGUGCGUCGGCACGGCAUGAGUCACCUACCUUUCCGAGGCGUCACAUCGACCCACUCGCCAUGCAGCGUCUGCGCCUGGAGGGCGCCUGACAAACAAAUAGCCCAAUACACGCACGUAUACGCACCCAUUUCGAAUGGUGAGGAUAUCACGCCACGCCUCCCUCUCUCGUUAGUUUCCCGUUGCUCACUUUGGGUGUCGUCCUGGUUGAGCAGCGUGACGAACCCUGAACGAGACAAUCCUCCAUGAAGUGACCAAAUCACAGCCGGCGCUUGCGCCACUCUCACGUACCGUAGUCUGACCACCAACAGACAGCACACACAGGCCGAUGCGUGCAGAGCGUUCUCUCUCUCUCUCUCUCUUUCCUCCCUCCCUCCCUCCCUCACCAGUGUGUUCUCCGCAGCCCACUCCGUUCUGCAUGCUGUCCCCUCCCUCACGCACACAGCACGACGCGCCAUCUUCAGGCGGGGGAUACCCAAUCACUCGCAGGCAAAAGAAUGACUUGUCCGUUAGGCUGCUAAGCGCGUCCUCGGCCAGGCCAAGCGCCAGAGCCAUGAUGCGGACCAGCACGUCUCCAAGCUUGAGCAUCUGUGCGAUGUACUGUGUGUAGAGGGCCUCGAAGGAAGCGUCAGGCCACUGGUUUUUGCCCCUCACAAAGGCAUCCUGAUCACAUCACACAGACGAUAGACAGGCAAACAGGCAUGACAUAAAGCAUCAUCCAUCCAUCGUCCACCGAUACCUCCCUCCCCCUCAAGGCAUCGCCUCUCUGACCAUUUUCUGCACGACAUCGGUCCGCAGGUGCUGUGUGGGUAUCCUGAGUGCCGCCACAUCGUUUAUUUCCCGCCAGACGUCGAGCGCCUCGUGCAGAUCCCUCCGGCCCUUGGUCACAUUCUCCCCGACAGCCUGAUAACCUGACACGCACGAAGACGCACAGACAGAGAGUGAGUGAGGAGUACAAACAGGCUGUCGACUGUAUGUUGUCACCUCACCUCUGCCCAUGUAUUUGUUGUCGGCCAUUUCGAUGCGCAUCUUGUCGUGCAGUGGCAGCUGGAAGAAGGCCUUGGCGCCUGCAUGCACCUCCUCCAACAGACCCUCAUCCACACCAUGUCCUGCAGUGCACCACAUAACAAGCAGAACAGGGAAGAUGAAUCAAAAGGCCUCUCUCUCCUUUGCCUGCACGCUAUCGGCCGGCCCAAGCUUGCCUUUGAUGUAGAAGAACCCCACCUCCCUGCAAGCGUUGUCUAUCUCUGUGACCACUCGCUGGUGCGCAUCGUCCUGGGAUGAUCCGUCGACGAACGGCGAGAUGUCAAUCGUGGGAAUGGCGUCUUCUGCAGCCAUCCCCCAAAGCGUCUGCUUCUUGAUUGCUUUCCUUCGAGCUUGCACUUGACAAGAUCGCGUGGCUCUUCGGCGGCCGUGCGUUCGCAGGAGUCUCGCUGUUCGAUUUGUGCCGAG